UUUAGUGCAGCAGUGCGUCAUAUCCUGGAGGCUGCACAAGCGAUAAAGUUCAGUUUGUUUAGACUGAGCAUGAUUAUUGCGAUUAAAAUAUUAUAACAAAUGCUAAACGGGCCAAAUGACGAACGUCGGGUUUUCUCAGAUCAUCUGGAGAGUUUGUAAUUUAUUCAUGUCAGUGUUUUUCUCGCUGGCAUCUUAUGUGCAAAUAAAUGACCCAGAUGCAGUUUUGUGGAUGGUUGCUUAUGCUAUUCCAGCUGGAUUGUGUUUUCUGAUUUGCUGUCAACAACAAAUCACAGAGACAUUAUUUUGGAGGAGAACUGCUGAUCUUUAUGUUCUUGUAUCCACUACUUUUGUGUUCAUACUGGGCUGGAAUCUUUAUAAAGUGGGAAUUACUGACAUUUUCCAACAAGAGGAAGGAAGGGAAUGUUCUGGACUCCUGCUCACAGUGUUCUGGCUGCUGCUGUGUAGACAUUCAGGAAGGAGUGCUGUUGGCUCUUUCAGACUGUGCACUGCUGUGGGAGUCACUGUGUUUCCAUUCAUCACAUGGAUUUAUUACUACAUGAACACAGAGAUGAGAAAAGACUGGCCUGAACACUGCACAACUGCACUCUGAUGAACCAGCUCAUGGACAAAAACAAAACAUAAAACGCUUGUAAACAUUCUCUCUUAUCUAGCUCAUUCUUGACUGCUCUAGUAGAGUUAUUCUAGUUAAUUGAAUGUUUCGGUUCAAUCCGAUUUUUGGUCAUUGUGAUGUGAUGCAGUUUCAAUAAAUGGAAAAAUGUAAUCAUAAAGAGAAUAUAGAUACAGUAUGUCUGCAAAUCUGAUCAUAUUUACAAAUAUGAUUCACCACA